CGAAGCAACGUUGCUUUCGCAAUACUUCAAAUGGCUGAGGAGUAAUCUCUCAGAGAGACACAGAAACAGAGAAACAGGAAAAAAAAAAAAAAACACUCAGAAAGAAAGAAACUGAUUGACCGCCAUUGAAGCACCUGUCCCUCAUAUAAUACUACUACUCCUUGUAUUAUAUAUAAACCAACAUUUCAGCGAUCCUUCCCCCAUUCUCUCUUCAACUCCAUUUCCCUCAUACAACAACAUAUAAUACUACUGUACUGAGAUUAAUUAGGCCCUAAAAUUUCUCAAUUUGGAAACUUUUUUUCAAUUACUGAAGUGUUUAAUUGAAAUUUCAAGUGAUUGCAGCUCUCAAUGGAGCCAAAUUCAGCAAGCUAUGUGCUCGGAUCCUGCCCAACCCGACCCGAACCCGAGGAAACCGGACUCGAAUCCCUUCAAUUCCGCGACGAAAUCCAGCGGCUCAUGACCGUGCCGCCGGAGAACGCGAGCUCCUUCACGGCGCUUCUGGAGCUCCCGGCCACUCAGGCCAUGCAGCUCCUCCACAGCUCGCCUCACUCCGCCGGCGGCGGAGGCGACGAACACAAACCCUACUCCUCCUCCUCCUUCACCAACGGCAAUCUCACCUUCCCUUCCAACAAAGCCCUAAUCGAACGCGCCGCCAAGUUCUCCGUCUACGCCGUCGCCGCCGACGCCGAGAUCUCGCCGGAAACAAGCUCAGUACCGUCGAAUUCAAGCGCGAAUUUGGACAAAGUAAAGACCGAACCAGCCGAGACCGAUUCAAACCCUGGCUCAUCAAACAAGAAUCAGACUCAGAAGUUGGCGAAGAGAAAGGAACGCGAGAAGAAGGGCAAAGAGAGUGCCAAAAAAAGCAAGAACCAGAGCUGUGAAGAUGCAGAGAAGCUUCCUUACGUCCACGUCAGAGCUCGUCGUGGUCAAGCUACGGAUAGCCAUAGCUUAGCAGAGCGAGCGAGGAGAGAGAAGAUUAAUGCUCGGAUGAAGCUUCUUCAGGAACUGGUCCCCGGGUGCAGUAAGAUUUCAGGUACAGCAUUGGUUCUGGAUGAAAUUAUCAACCAUGUACAGUCGCUACAACGUCAAGUUGAGUUGUUAUCAAUGAGGCUUGCAGCAGUGAACCCAAGAAUUGAUUGUAACUUUGACAGUGUAUUUGCUACGGAAGGUGGACCUUUAAUCGACAGUAACAUCCCCAGCAUGGUUUCUCCUCUAAUGUGGCCAGAAAACCCAUUCACUGGAAACAGAGAGAACUUUCAACAGCCAUGGAAUUUUGAUGCACUUCAACAACCACUUUGGGGGAGGGAAGAAGAAAACCAUACUUUCAUUACUCCAGAGAACUCACUUUUGAGUUAUGACUCCUCAGCAAAUUCAGCGUCUCUGCAUUCAAAUCAGUUGAAGAUGGAGCUGUGAAAAGUCAUAGUGAAGUUGUACCAGUAGCUAGUAGUGUAUAUAUCCAUAUAGUAUUGGCAGUUUAGCAAGAAGUAGAGCGAAGGCGCCAACAUUCAUGGUUCACCACGUGGGUUUUCAUGUCUUCUAUUUGUCAGUCAGUUGGAAACCCUAGCAGAGGAUGAUAAAUUUUCGGAAAUGUUAUUCUUAUAUAUUAUUUAUAUCUUACUAUAUAUACUAACUUUGAGGAUCACUCAAUCUAAUACUUGGUUUUAAGAUGAUUGGUUAAUUUACUGUUGUAAACCAUUGAACAAACUUCCGCUUAACUAUUAUGGAAGUCAGCUUCUUUCUUCA